AUGCCUUCUGUCGACACCAAGUCCAACCUCUCCGCCUCCUCCCUCGACGACGCCAUCUCUCAGAUCGUCGUUGAGCCCCAUGACCUCGCCUCGUUCAUAGACUUCGCAGACCUGGAGGCGAGCAGCAACGACGAGCUCGCUGAGUUCGAGUCUACGUCGGUACCAGCAUUUGUGAAGAACAACAAACGCAACCAGCAAGCUUGUGUGUCAUACCGCCAGAAGAAGCAGAAGUGCGAGGACGGGAGGCCAUGCCAUCGCUGCAUCAAUGCACACAGCAAGUGCACGGACGACGACACGGAGAGCGUGAAGAGGAGAAGGCUUGACGAUCCUGCUGAGGCAAUUCGCAGAAAGAGAGCGCUAUUGUUGGGCUUUAUUGCUGAUCACUGA